UUUUUAAUUAGUUACAUAACUAUUCGACAGAUGAAAGGUUUACAAUAAUCACUUAAAAUAUUCAACUUUCUUGUCAUCGAGAGCUAUAAUUGCGUACACUAAUUAACGCAACCAUUGUACCUAUAGUCACUCCAGAAAAAGAUGUUCAACACUGCGUCGUUCAACAACUCGUUGAUUUGACGUUCAUGCGCCAACUGUUCAUGCACAAUGUCUUUAUGAUAUGCAUCUUGUUAGUAUCAAACGUUAACACGUACAUUUGCUAUGAUAAUUUCAUCCACCCCACCAUUAUACAGCAGAAUUUAUUUAGUAGAUAUUACCGACAUUGCGCGAUGCCAGGGAAAUGAAUAAUCUUGUUGAACGGUGUGUGUUUCACAAAAAAAUGCGCUUUUAGUGCAACAUCAACGGCAUCGUACGAAUAUUAAAUAAUAUUUCUCAGGAGAACAGGUGAAUAAUAAUAACAAGUGUAAAAUGGCACUUCGUGAAUUGGUCGAGGGUGACUGUGGUGGACCUAGCUCUUUGAUCCACCUGACAUCACAUUUUGUACGUGAUCAUGGAUUCAAGGAAGAAGGAAUACAUCAUCCGUUUGGACAUGUGGAGUCAUUUCAGCCUAUAGAUUCAGAUCAGUUAGUUAAACAAUUUUUAGAAGAAAAUGCUUCAUGUCCUCAGACAUUUAGAAUGGAUAAUUUAUUACAAGAAAUGCGAGAGAUUGAUCACAACAUUCAUCCACCUAUAGCAGCACCAGGAGUAGCUCAAGAAUUAACUGGUUUAGACACAGCUUGGGCAAAUCAGUAUCUUGAGUCUGGACGUCACUUUAGUGAAAACCAUACCGAUGAUAUAUGGCAACCUGAUGUGGAACCUGUUGUGAUCCCAAAUAGUGCAACUCCACAAACACAUGAAUUAGGGUUAGGACCGAAAUGGGCUGAAGAGUACAUAGAACACAGCAUAGAUGCAAUACAAACUGAUAUCAACAAAGAAAACACAACAGAGACAAUAGAAAAUGAUUUAUCGUAUUCAAAAUUUAUGAAAUUCAUGAAACAAGAGGGAGACGAAGAGUUGGCAAUUGCUGGUAAUGGGAUAGACGAAUUUCAGAAAGAUAAUCCAUCUUCAGAAGCAGACAAUGGCGAUUCCGCAUUUUUAAGACUACAGAACGAAUGGGAGAAAAUAUCACCUGGUGAAAAGGUAUCCAGCAAACAUCCAUGGUUAUCAGAAUACGAUACAUACUAUGAUCCAUUUAAAGAUUAUGAAUUUCACGAAGAAAAUCCUAUGAAAGAAGUACCCAAUCCAUUAGAAGAGGGGAAGAGAAGAUUAGAUGCUGGAGAUUUACCGAGUGCUAUCCUUUGUUUUGAAGCAGCUGUGAAACAAAAUGAACACAAUUCAGAAGCUUGGUUGCUCCUUGGAAAAACUCGAGCUGAAAACGAGCAAGAUCCAUUAGCGAUUUCAGCUUUAAAACGCUGUCUGAUUCUUGAUCCUAUGAACAGCAACGCCUUAAUGGCUCUCGCUGUAUCAUACGCAAAUGAAUCUUAUCAAAAUCAAGCAUGUUUAACUCUAAAAGAAUGGUUACUAAAAAAUGAGAAAUAUAAGCAUCUUUCGUCAAAAAAAGCUAACACUGAUGAACAGCCAAAAUCUAAUGUCUCGUCGAUUUUAUUCGAUGAUGUACACGAAGAAGUGAAAAGUCUUUAUAUUCAAGCUGCACGGAUGAAUCCACGGAACGAAAUAGAUGCUGAUGUUCAAUGCGGAUUAGGAGUACUUUUUAAUUUGUCCAAUGAAUAUGAUAAAGCUUGUGAUUGUUUUCAGACAGCGUUACACGUUCGUCCCAAUGAUUCCAGAUUAUGGAAUAGAUUGGGUGCAACUUUAGCCAAUGGUCAGAAAUCGGAGGAAGCUAUAAACGCGUACCAUCGUGCCUUGAAAUUAUCUCCGGGAUUUAUUAGAGCACGUUAUAAUCUGGGGAUUUCUUGCAUAAAUCUUAACGCAUACACAGAAGCUGGUGAACAUCUAUUAACUGCUUUAAAUCAACAAGCUGCUGGUCGUGGAGCGCAUGGUGAAAGUUUGUCGCCAAAAGCGAUGUCAAAUACCAUUUGGUCAACACUAAGACUUGUUAUCUCGUUGAUGCACAAAUACCAUCUAAACGAUGCCAUAGAAAGCAGAGAUUUGGCGAGGUUGAAUAAGGAAUUUGAAAUUGUAUGAAGGUAUGCAAACUUGUUGAAGCUACUUGUUGAAAAAGUAUAAACAGUUUUUAGUUUUUAUGGUAACAGAAAUAAAAUGCUUAAAAACUAUUUUCCAAUAGUUCGAAAAUGUGUAUAUAAACAUCGAUUAGACUCAUAAUUUUUAGAUAUUUCAUUGCUACGAGAGUGGGUAAUUUAACAAUAUUAUAUACCCGAUUAUGAUAUUUUAUAUUUUUUAGAAGUUGUUUUGAUUCAAUAUUACUAACAGGUAUACAGCUCCUAUCGUUUCAUUUUAUAUAAAUUGAAAAUGGGUUAUAUAAAUUAUAUGUACAUAAAA